AUCAAGGCUCUUAUUUAUUGGUUGCAAGUUCGAGAUGAAGGAAGGUUGAAGGGUCCAUGCUUAAGGGAACCAGAAAAAACGAACUCUCGCGUAUUGGGGGAAAUGAGAUUCUCAUGAUCCAGUUAAAAAAUUAAUAUCUUUUUGGCAUGUUUGCCUUUGCAUAAUGAACUCUGUUUUUGUUGCCUCGCUCUAUUUUUUUUUUUUUUUUUUGGUGAAGAAACUUUGACAAGGAAAAGUAAAAUUAUGACAUGACAUGGUAGAUGGGUCUUUGAAGGCAAUCAUACCAGUUAUUUCAAAAGUAAUAAAAGACGAUGAAAAUAAUUACAAUUUCAUAUAUGGAGUAUACAACGAAGAUUUAUAAAUUUAAAUUAUAUUGUUACAAAAUUGAGCACGUCAAUUCAAAAUUCGAAAACGUGUUCGUAUGGGAUAUGAAUCCCUACUAUAAAAGUUUCCUUGUUUGAUUUGAUGGUGGAUAUGAAACCCUCCUUCAAAUCAAACCCCCCUGUUAAAGAUAAAUUCUUUUUAUUUUUAUUUUUUUGAGAUCCAUGUAAAAGAAUAAAUGAGAAAAUAAGAACCAUCUCGGAAAUUUCCCAAAAACCAUUAAGUAGCUGUUUAGAAGCCCAAUUGCAAAAGUCCUCUUCGCUUUCAAAUCCAGACCCAAAAUAACAACCCAGUAAGCAUAAGUGACCGGAAGAUAAAUACGCGCGCACAGAGCACGUGUGACACACAUCUCCUUCCCUCUCCUCCUCAACUUCUCAUAUCACAAUAUCUCACACCAAUCAGAUCAGAAACCCUCCCUCUAAUACCCAGAAGAACCAGAAGCAGAAGAAGGGUUUUCGAAGAUGUCAGGUGCAGUAGUGGUGGGUUACUCGAGCUCAUGGUCGCGCGCCCUAGUCCAGAUCUCUCCGUACACAUUCUCCGCCAUCGGAAUCGCCGUUGCCAUCGGCGUCUCUGUUCUCGGCGCCGCCUGGGGAAUUUAUAUCACUGGCAGCAGUUUGAUCGGUGCAGCAAUCAAGGCCCCUCGUAUCACUUCUAAGAAUCUCAUUAGUGUAAUCUUUUGUGAAGCUGUUGCUAUAUAUGGUGUUAUUGUUGCGAUUAUUCUACAAACAAAGUUGGAGAAUGUUCCAGCAUCAAAGAUAUAUGCACCUGAGUCUCUUAGAGCUGGAUAUGCUAUCUUCGCCUCUGGGAUUAUCGUGGGCUUUGCAAACCUUGUCUGCGGUUUAUGUGUGGGAAUCAUAGGAAGCAGCUGUGCAUUGUCUGAUGCCCAAAACUCUUCACUUUUUGUGAAGAUCCUUGUGAUUGAGAUCUUUGGCAGCGCACUUGGAUUGUUUGGAGUGAUUGUGGGAAUCAUAAUGUCAGCUCAAGCAACAUGGCCUUCGAAAUGAUAAUUUGUUGCUCAGUAGAACUUGGCAACACAUUAUGACCGUGUUAUGUGCGCAAAUGAUUUUCUGUGUUUUGUGCUUUUCAUCAUUAGUGAUAGGAACGUACAAACUGCUGUGGAAAUAUUAUUUGCCCGCUUGUAUCAAUCUUAGGCUGUAUUUAAUCUGAUGGGAAUGAGUUUGUGGGAGAGCUGGUUGUUCAAUAUUGUAUAAGGAUGAGUUAAGCAUUGCCUCAUUCACGGUGGUAGACAAUAUUAUCUUAGUUUUGAAUGAAUAACGUAAUGAUUUUUUGUGAAGACCACCUCCCUGAAAGAAGCUGAUUUGUUUAUGUAUCCAAUUUUAUUUCC